CGCGUCACUUCAGCAAAUGAGCUGCUUUGCGGUAAUUCUGGGAGGUACUCUGAGGCGUGAACUAUAAACUGCACUCGUAUUUCAAUGUUCCUAUUGAAACCUAGUUCAAUUUUCUCACCUGUAGAAUGGCUGGAAAGAAGAAACAUGGAGGGCAUGGCCAUUCACACGGUGGCGGUGAUGAUUGUUGCGAUCAUAAUCACUCAGCAGAGGACGCCCACGGUGAAGGAUCUUCAAUCCAGAACAACUUACCCAUUGGGGCUGAUAUGCAGCAGAUGGUCAAGCUCGCAGAGCAGCUACAGCGUGUGGGUUUCGAUAUGUCUCAGCUUGAUGGCGGAGCAGCGAAGUUGCAGGAAGCCAAGACAAAGAAUUUCGCGUUUUGGAGCACUCAACCUGUACCACAGUUUGAUGAAGCUGAACCUUCGAAUGAGAACAAUUUCAUCGAACCAGAUCUGCCUGCUGAAAAGAUCCGCCACGAACCGUAUUCUCUACCUGAAUCGUUUGUGUGGAGCGAUGUUGAUCUGAACGAUGAGAAACAGCUGCAGGAACUGUAUACGCUCUUAACUGAAAAUUAUGUGGAAGAUGACGACAACAUGUUCCGCUUCGAUUAUUCUGCUGCUUUUUUGAAAUGGGCAGUGCAGAUGCCGGGAUGGUUGCCUCAGUGGCAUUGUGGUGUUCGGGCCAAACAAAGUGGGCGUCUUCUUGCCUUCAUUGCUGCUGUUCCACAGACUAUCCGUGUUUACGAUAAGGAGCGACCGAUGGUGGAAAUCAACUUUCUAUGUGUUCAUAAGAAACUUAGGUCAAAACGGGUAGCACCGGUAUUGAUUCGUGAGAUAACGCGACGCGUAAAUCAGCAGAAAAUCUUUCAAGCAGUGUAUACAGCUGGUGUUGUUUUACCGAAGCCUGUAGGCGUGUGUAGGUAUUGGCAUCGCUCUCUGAACCCAAAGAAACUUAUUGACGUACGAUUUUCACAUCUUUCUGCAAAAAUGACCAUGGCGCGCACUAUAAAAUUAUAUAAGCUUCCUGAUACACCAGUGACAACAGGCCUGAGACCACUUGAGAAGAAGGACAUUCCAUCAGCUUGGAAGUUACUCACUGAGUAUCUGAAGCAGUUCUCUUUAGCUCCUGUGUUUACCAAAAAGGAGUUCGAGCACAUCUUCAUGCCAAUUGAGGAUGUCAUCUACACGUAUGUGCUUGAGACCGGAGGGAAAGUAACGGACAUGCUGUCUUUCUAUUCGCUACCAUCAUCUGUGAUGCAACAUCCAGUCCAUAAAAGUAUUCGUGCUGUUUAUUCUUUUUAUAAUGUUGCGACAACCGUACCAUUCAAGCAGAUUAUGAAUGAUGCUCUCAUUUUCGCUCAUAAGCUUGGCUUUGAUGUGUUCAACGCACUGGAUCUCAUGCAGAAUGCUUCAAUUCUAGAAGACCUUAAACAUGAAACCGUCUCAAAUCGGAUUAGUUUUGCAAUAAAAGGAGCUCGGGAUUGCAUCGUUUGCAUAUCGCGGUGCCGUUUUUUCUCCUCCAGGUAUCUGCAAACAUUGUUUGCUCACCGUUUUUUCUGUUCUUGUGCCGUGUGUUUGUGUUAUGUUGUGUUCAUGAAAAAUACUGUUCUGGUGACGAAUAGAAUUCUAUCAGGUAGUCAUUCAUUGUUUUCUGGCACAUCAGCUUCCCAUUAAUUGUGAUCCGAAGUUGAAAAAUGUUUGUUAAUAACGCUGAUUUUUUUGACAUUGUCUAUCUGCAAAUAAAGUUUUUAUAUGUG